AUGUUGAUAGAUCCAGACACAGGAGCAGGUGUACAAGUUUACUGGUCAAAAAAUGAUUUUGGCAUCGGUGGCAAUCGUGAAGAUAUUCAAGAAUAUGGACGUAAUUCACGAUAUGAUUAUUCUCGUUAUGAUCUGCCAUAUAAUUUGAAAGAAGGACAAUAUGAUCUACAAAUAAUGAAUGUAGAAUUAUCCGAUGAAGGUUCCUAUGUGUGCCAAGUGAAUUUUAUGCGGCAACAAUAUUUAAGUCAAACAGCUGUAUUAACAGUACAAGUUCCAUCUGAAGCACCGCAACUUGUUCAAAUAACUAAUGAAGGUAAAGGUCCGCGGGUUGAUAUUGGUCCAUCUAGACCUGCAAUCGUUGAUGAUGGAAGUAUUAUGGUUCUCGAAUGUAUUGCUCGUCAUGGAAAACCGGGAGCACUGCUUACGUGGUUCAUUGACGGUGUUCAGAUAAAAUUGGAAUCGAAUCCUGACAGUAUACCUGGAUCGUUUGUUUCUGGAUUCUCUGGUAAUUUAACAUUUCGACUUGAAGCAUCUGCUAGAAUUCCAAGACUAGUCGAUGCAACUAGUUCAAUGAGUGCACACUUAAAUAAGUUGCAUCAUGGUAAACUUAUUGAGUGCAGAGCAGAAAAUACUGGAUAUGAGAUGCAUACACUACGUCCAGCUCAAACAAAAAUUGAAGUACACUAUGCUCCUGUUGUAAGUAUACAAGUACGGCCUUCACGACCUGACAAUCAGUUUAUGGAACAUGACAUCAUUACUGUUGAAUGUACUGCACACGGAAGACCAGAUUCAUUCUUUUGGGAAUGGCACGUAAACGGACGUCAAGUUGAAAAUAUCGCUGAAUCAUGGUAUCGGCUUCGAUUAACACGUGAAUUACAUCAAUCAGUAUUUCGGUGCAUUGCAAUUUCAAAUAAAAAAGGCUUUGCUGAGACAACAAUAAAAGUUAAAUUUGGACCUCAAUUUCAUCAAGCUUCAGCUUUACUAUUCACAGCAUCACCAGGUGAAGAUGUUUUAAUGGAUUGUCCAGCAAUAGGUAAUCCAACACCGCAUAUUGAAUGGAGACGUGAAGGUGGUAGGGAAGUUCUUUCACGUAGUGUUUCAUUGAAACGUGAAAAUUUAAAAGAAGAAGAUUUUGGAACAUAUAUAUGUACAGCUUUUGUACCGGAAUUCCCUCCCGUAUCUAAACAAAUGUAUAUAGCUAAAAGAAAACCUCCUCGUAUUCAACCGAAUCCGAUAGUUCAUGCUCAUUUGGGUCAACCAGCAAGAUUACGUUGCACAGUGAAUUCAGUACCACUCCCACCUUCUGGUCAAACACACUGGUAUUUCAAUGGUAAUCCAAUUCAACCAGAUUCACAUCAUAAGUUUGAACAAGAAGAAUUUAUCGGUGGUGUGGUACUUGUUCUUCACAUUGCACAUGUGAUGAUGAGUGAUUUCGGUCAGUAUAAUUGUUCUGUAAAGAAUGGUUACGGAUCGGAUUGGAAAUUAAUCCGUCUUAGUCAUCAAGAAGAUAUUCCAAUACAGUUUAUUAUCGGUGCAGCGGUUACUAUUGGCAUUCUGUUGAUAGUAGGAUUAAUACUUCUUUGUAUAUGCCGUCAAAGAGUAUGUGGAUUUCGUUAUAAUAAUGGCAAUCGUACUAAACAAUCAUCAAGAAAUUCGUUACAAGAUUAUGGUGUAGUGAAUUCAGAUUUUAUAACACGUGCUUGUACACCAAAUACAUAUUAUCGUCAAGAUCCAUAUCAGUGUUAUUCAAAUAAUCCUAGUUUAAAUAAAUCAUUUGCCCGUUAUGCUUUCGAUGGUACAGAUCAGGGAUCUAUGCACAUACCCAAGGAUCGAUCGGAAAAUUGUUGUUAUGAAGCAUCCAAAGAGGAUAAAUGUGCUAAUACCUCUGUUCCUGUAGGUAUUUCCGCUACAUAUUGUUCAAGUUUACCAUCUUGUCAAUUUUUACAACCUCUGUGUAACGGAAGUACUUACAUUCCAAAUUUAAAUCAUCGAAUGUUAUCAUCGGAUCAUUCAUCUUUCUUAACUAAUUGUCCUAAUUUAUUACCAAAUUCUGGAUUAAUUCAAACUCCCCCACCUGAUUUUAUACCAGAAUCGAUUAAUUUACAAUCAUGUGAAGAGAAUAACAAUUUAAUGAGAAAUAACAAUUGUCUUUUUUCAACUAAUAAUCAUUUAUUGGCAAAUCUUCCACAAAUUACAACAUUGGAUUUAACCAAUGGUAUACCCACACAUACAUCAUCACGUGGUUUAUGUUCAGGUGGCGGUUCAAUUAUCAGUGGACAUAGCUCCGUAGACAAUAACAAUAGUAAUAAUAAUAAUACUAACAGUAACAGUAAUUCACGUACUCCUGUAAAUUCACAUUCAUCUCGAAGUGUUCACAAUUCACCACUGUCCCCGGAUCAACAAUCAUCAUCAAUUAUGACAACAUCAACAAAUCAUUCAGAAAAUUUAGUGCCAAAAAUUGAAAAUCUAUCACAUUCACCUGUAGCUUAUGGAAUGAACGCAUCAUCGAUUCAUGAAAUAGCUUAUUUAAUUAAUGAUCAUACAACAAAUGUUUAA